UCCGAGCUGCGCGGAAGCGGCGGCGGUGCCCUGCGGCGUGUCGGGCGCCAUGUCGGCGGCGCCCGGGCGGCUGUCGCCCGAGGCGGGGCCGCGGCAGCUGGAGGACGAGCUGGCGGCCCGCGACGCCCUGGUGGCGGGUCUGCGCGCUCGCCUGGCCGCGCUCGAGGGGCACGGGGCGCCGGCGCCGUCGCUCGUGGACGCGCUUCUGGAGCAAGUGGCGCGCUCCCGGGAGCAGCUGAGGCGGCGGCAGGGCGGCGAGGCCGAGCUGCGCCGGGAAAUUGAGAGACUUACGGACCAACUGGAAGAGAAGGAGCGGGAGACGCAGCAGCUGAUGAGCCAGCCGGCGCUGGCACGCGAGAAGGAGGUCCUUCUGCUUCGGAGGAGUGUGGCUGAGAAGGAGCGCGCCCGGGCUGCCAGCAGCGUCCUGUGCCGCUCCUUGGCCGACGAGACCCAUCAGCUACGCAGGACUCUUGCAGCCACUGCCCACAUGUGCCAGCAUCUGGCCAAGUGUCUGGAAGAGCGACAGCACCCACAGGGAGACACGGGGCAUGAGAGCGCCAAGCCGGAGGCUACGAGCGGGGACGCGGCGGCCCAGGCCCUUCUCCUGGAGUUGCAAGAGGAGAACCAGCUGUUGAAGCAAAAGCUGGCUCACGUGGAGGAUCUCAACGCCAGGUGGCAGCGCUAUGACGCCAGCAGGGAUGAGUAUGUCCGGGGACUCCAGGCCCAGCUGAAGGAGCCGCAGGCCCCCCGGGAGUCUGGGACAGGCUCGCCGCCAGAGCUGAUGCAGAAGGAGAUCUCUCGGCUCAACCGACAGCUGGAGGAGCAGAUGAGCGGUGCCGCACAAGCAAGGCGGGAGCUGGCGGCCGUGAGGAGGGCCCGGGACGUGGCGCUGGAGCGCGCGCAGAUGCUGGAGCAGCAGAUUCUCGCCUACAAGGAUGACUUCACGUCAGAGAGGGCAGAUCGGGAGCGAGCUCAGAGCAGGGUCCACGAGCUGGAGGAGAAGGUGGCCUCCUUGCAGCACCAGGCGUCUGCAAGCCAGGACUCUCGAGAGCCGGUCUUCAGCCACCGUCUUUCCAGAACGUUCAGGAGCACAGAGACUGACGGUGCGGGCCGAGCAGACGCCGGAGGCCGGAGGGCAGGGCUGGACCCCCCUGCAGGGGAGGGGCGUCUGGGUGCCUCGUGCAGAGGCCAAGGGGACCUCCAGUGCCCUCACUGCCAGCAGUGCUUCGGCGACCAGCAGGGCGAAGAGCUGUUCCGGCACGUGGCCGAGUGUUGCCUGUGAACACGACAUCAGCACCCCGGGCCGCUGCCCUGCCGGAGCUGAGGCAGACGACGGGGCCUCGUGGCACAUCUGUCUGGAGCUACGGCGCCCGCGGGAGGGAGCAGCCCGGCCCGGGCUGUGGAGGGGGGCCCAGCCUCCCGCUCCCAGCGGGGCUGAGGGACGGGCCGUGGCCGACGUGUGGCCUCACUGGCCACGCUCCACAGUCACCAGCUCUGGACCGCGAGGGCUGCCGGGCCUCCCGACGGGGCCUGCUUCCUGCCUGCAGUGAGGGCCGCGGCGGCAGGUGGACGGGGCGGGGGUCUCAGCAGGUGGGCUGUGCCAAGACCCGGGCGGGCGAGGCUCUGGCGGGCGGGCGGGCGCUCUGCUGUCCAGCUUGCUCAAGUGCUGCCUCCUCCCCCCAGGCGGCAGGAGGACAGUCUGGGGGCUGGGGGGCGGCGGAGGCCCGCGGGGCGGACACAGCAGCUCCUUGGUUGAGCUUGGGGGGGGUGGUGCUCUGAGUUCUCGCCUCUUAGAGCCGGAAAGAAAGACCCCUUCCAGUGAGACCGCGAAGAGUGAAGGCGACACCCCAGGCGACCCACAGCUUAGAACACACUCAGCUUUCUUCAGACGGCGGCAGAACCCAGGCCCGCUGUUGACCACGAGUCCAUAUACAGCCGGAAAUCAGCAAACCCGAGACUUGGAAAAUGAAAGCAGAUGGAGACUGUUUUUGUUUAGUGUUGAUUUAUUUGAGGCAUUUGAGACAGAAACUGAGAAGGGGGUAGGAAGGAUGACGCCUGCUUCAACACUUGUGAAGCUUUCCCACUGCAGGUGGGGAGCAGGGAGGCUUGAACCCGGGUCCUUGUGCACUGUGAUGUGUGUGCUUAACCUGUGUGCCCAAGCCUGGUCCCUGAAGAUUUUUUUUUGUUUAUUAGAUAGAAACAGAAUUUGAAAGGGGCGGGGUAGACAAAGAGGGAGAGAGACGCACACACCUGAAGCCCUGCUUCACCAUUUGUGAAGCUUCCCCCUGCUGGUAGGGACCAGUUUCUUGAGGCCGGGUACUUGUGCACUGUAACGUGAGUGCUUAAGGAGGUGCGCCACCCCCUCCCCCCAAGAUUUUAUUACAAGAUAUAACUACUGUGGAAACGCCAGACGGAGCACAAGGACCCAGGUUCAGUCCCCUGCUCCUACCUGUGGAGAACUUCACGAGUGGUGGAGCAGAGCUGCAGGUGUCUCUCCCCGUCUUCCCCCUCUCCAUUUCUCUGUCCUAUCUGACAACAUCGAUAACAAUGAUUAAAAAACACACACACACACACACACAAAAACACAAGGGCAACAAAAGGGAAAAACAUGGCCUCCAGGAGCCAUCACCUCGGAGGCAAAAACAAGGUGAAGGGGGAGGGAGUGCUGGGCGCGGUGCGUCUGCCUCAGCAGCCAGGCCCCAACAAUGGCCCUGGUGGCCAUUCAAGCAAACACACCCACGAUGGGAAAUUCCUCAGGAUAAAGAACAGAAACCAGGGAAACGGCGUGGGGCUGGCACGUAAGUUUGAAAAUGAGGUCUUGAGGUUUUAAAGAGAUCAACGUGAGAGACAGGCAGCAGUGUGGCGCUCAGGGGCCUCCGACACCAGGGUUACGCGGCCUGAUGCCCGCACAGUGAACCCACAGCUGGCCACCCACGUUAGGACAGAGAACUGGGGGGGAGGGGCAGAGGAAAAGGGCCGCCUCAGCUGCAGCGCAGCUUCCCCACUGGCAGGGUUUCCCACUGCAGGCGGCUGGGCUGUGGGUGGAGAGGGCGAGGAGUGAAGUCCCAGAUCAUCGUCCAGGUCCUUGCACUGCUUGUAAGGGAGGCCACUGAGCUGCUGACUCCAGGAAGACAGUGACAAAAUUCAGAACAAGCUGGGAGGUAGAAUCUUCUUAAUCAAAAGACAGUUUAGGGGAGUUGGGUGGUAGCGCAGCGGGUUAAGCGCACGUGGCGCAAACCACAAGGACCAUGAGGAUCCUGGUUCGAGCCCCCAGCUCCCACCUGCAGGGGAGUCAGUCACUUCACAGGUGGUGAAGCAGGUCUGCAGGUGUCUGUCUUUCUCUCCCCCUCUCUGUCUUCCCCUCCUCUCUCCAUUCCUCUCUGUCCUAUCCAACAACAAUAAAAGGGCAACAAAAAGGAAGUAAAUAUUUUUUUUAAUUGUUUUUAAAAAGACAGUGUAGAAUCUGGGAUGGUGGAAGCUCACUGCUAUAAAAACCAGAGGCCGGGCAGUGGUGCACCACGUGCACACAUGUCACCAUACGCAAGGACCUGGGUUCAAGCCCCUGGCUCCCCACCUGCAAGGGGGACACUUCACAAGCGGUGAGGCAGGGCUGUAGGUGUCUCUCCCUCUAUCUCCCCUUCCAACUCAGUUUCUCUUUCUAGCCAAUGAAAAUUAAGAAUUACUCAAAAAACUACUCAGAAUUGGGUCUGGCUGUUCUGCACCCAGCAGAGGACACAGUACCAUGUGCACAGGCCUGGGCUAAGUCCCCGGAAUCCCCUUCUGCAGGUGGAGUGUCACAAGCACUGACGUGGUCUUGUAGGUUCUCUCCCUCACUAUCUCGCCCUUGACUAUAAAUUUCUCGUCUCUAUCCAAAAAAAAAAAGGAAUAAAGGGAAAGAGACCCACUUGACAAUGUCCGCCAUCACAUGGGGCCCAUCUCACCGGGUCGGAGCACUGCAGGGAGGCUGCGUGGUGCUGUGCCAGGUCCCAGGAGACUGGCUGAGAAUGAGGGUCACGCCCAGGCUCCUCACACGUGACGCACUUGAGACACAAGCACGCACAACAGGCCGACAGACGCUGUCCACACUAACUGGGGUGAGAGGCUACUCAGCUGUCCAGUACUCCCGUUUCCCCGUGGCCAGGGCUCGUAGCAUGUACGGUCACUGCGGUCACCGUCCCUGACGGCUUUCUUGGGGCUGAGAGGUCGCAGCGGCUCACCUGGGCUGUGUUCAGCAAGCAGGUGGCACAGCCAGCGGGCGAGCUCUCCAGCCCCAAAGUGGACGUGAAAAACAUGGAGGGCUCAGUGGUGUGAGUGUCGGGCGUUAAGCCAGCUCCCCCUGCAUUGUUGAUACUGUGGCCUAUCUACAUGAUCACUGUUUUGCCUGAAAGAGCCCCACCCAUCCCAUUCUUUGAUCAUCUUCGAGACCCUCCCCACCUGCAGGGUAACAUUAAUCCCACCAGUUAAAACCCUCACAACAGUUGCUAAGGAAGUUCCUACCUUCCCAGCCCGCUUUUGCCUUUCUCCACCCCUUUCCAAACCAUUUCCAUUUCUGACUUGCCACUUCCGGGUCUGUCCUAUAAAAGCGCUGUCUCUGUGAUCAAUAAAGUUUGCAUUACCACUC